CUUGAUUUUAAUCAAAAAGUCCAAACCGUUUCUGUUUUGUCUAUUUUAUAACUAGUAGCUUUCGGUAUAUUCUCUUCACUAUAGCUAAUGUGUCACCAAUAGUAAACAAUAACAAUCAGGCUGCAGAACACUCAGUUGUAUUCCGAAAAUAUCACUGUGUGUUUAACUUUAAAGGACAACAAUUGUAAUUUCUGUUUGCUGCUAGUGAAUAUUGCCAGUACUUGCUGUUGUUCACCAGCACAGUAAGGGUGAGUCAAUAACGUUAUCAGUAUGUGACAGUUUUAGGGAGUGACUGACUUAUAAGAGCCUCCACACCCACUGUCAGUGGUCGUUUUUCUACUUUGGGUUUCUGUAUUCCGUUGCCCUUUCAACAAAAGAACCUAAAAUCUUACUUUCUCCGUAUUCUUAGUUAUCUAGCGUUUCUUUGCCAGGAUGCAUGUAUUACUACUUAAAGAGCCGAGAGACGAGGAAUCUGCACCUGAUCCCUACAUGAAGGAAUUGGAAUCGCAUGGACACAAAGCAACACUCAUCCCUGUCUUGUCUUUUAAGUUUGUCUCAUUAAACACCUUUUCUGAUAAGCUUUUCCAGCCGGAGAAACAUGGUGGCCUGAUCUUUACCAGUCCCAGAGCAGUGGAGGCUGUGAAGAUGUGUUUAGACAUGGGAGGAAGGAGAGAAGAAUGGAAUAAAUCCAUAAAAGACAAAUGGAACUCAAAAUCCAUAUAUGUGGUCGGGAAGGCAACCGCAGCAUUAGUUCAAAGUCUGGGUCUGAAGCCCCUGGGAGAGGACACGGGGACAGCUGAUGUCCUAUCACGUCUUAUUAUUGAAAGAGAGGACACCGAUAUCCCACCGCUUUUUUUCCCCUGUGGCUCAAUUAAAAGAGAAGUCUUGCCCACGGCUUUAAGGGAAAAUGGGGUUCCCUUAGAGACGCUGACUGUCUAUCAAACGGCUGAACAUCCAGAUCUUGAGAAAAAUCUGAAAAACUACUUCACAGAGCAGGGAACUCCAGCAUGUAUAGCUUUCUUCAGUCCAUCCGGGGUGAAGUUUUGCCUGGAAGCAGUGCGAAGGCUGUCGGGCGAACAACUCAAUGAAAUAAAGUUUGCCGCCAUCGGGCCGACUACACGGGACGCCAUGGCAGCGGAAGGCCUCUGCGUGAGCUGCACAGCUGAAAAGCCAACGGCGGAGCAUUUGGCAGCAGCGAUAGCCACGGCUCUACAGUGACCAUCCUGAGUCAUCUACUCUUUAAAUCCGACCAAUCUAUCUGUUGUCUGUCUGGUUCAACAUUAUAUAAAAAAAAAAAAGUCCAAUCAUGUUUAAUAUUUUGCUGCUCAUGUCACCAUUGCUGGACUUAAAAUUUGCACUGAAAAAAUGUUUGUGUCAUGAAGGGUCAAGGAAGUUUAUUUUAUUUCAAACUUGUUAGUGUUGAGAUUAGUUUUUUAAAAUAAAGCUUGGUUAAUGUGAUUACAAAUGGC